UCUCACCAUAACUAACCUUGCCCGUGAACCCCUUCACCAUCAAACUCAACAAAACACAACCCAAUCUCUCUCUCUCUAUUUUUCUUCUCUUCUCCACCUUCUCUUUUUCUCUCUCAACCUAUAAAAAUUUGACAGUGUAAUCAUGUAGAACAAUUAAAAAAGAAAAAAAAACAGUGGUGUCUGAAAAAAAAACAUACUUAUUGGUCUCUACUUCAAUUUGUUGUGUUGUGUUGGAGUUGUUUGAUGGGUGAAGAGGUGAGAAAAAACAAAGAUAGACACAUGGAAGUUAUUAAUGGUUGUGAUAAGUGGUUGUUUUUGUUUAGUAAUUGCUUAAACAAUUGUGCUAAUUGGCGUUGUUUAAGAUACCCUAAACUCUCCAUUUAAGUAAAACAAAACAAAACAAAACCUUUCUUUUCUCUUCUCUUCAGAUCUCAAUUUUCACUAAUCAUAUUUAACAACCUUAAUCUUUUACUAAUAUUACGUGUACUCAUGAAGAGACUUUCCAGCUCCGAUUCUUUAGGUGCUCUCAUCACAAUCUGUCCACAAACAGAGGAACAUAGUCCGAGGAACAACCACAGCAGUAGCAGCAACAACAACGUGUAUGGAAGGGAAUUUCAGUCGAUGUUGGAAGGAUUUGACGAAGAAGGAUGUGUUGAAGAAGUAGGGCAAAAGAAACGAAGACUGAGUGUGGAUCAAGUGAAGGCUUUGGAGAAGAAUUUUGAAGUUGAAAACAAGCUUGAACCUGAUAGGAAAGUGAAGCUUGCUCAAGAACUUGGUUUGCAACCAAGACAAGUUGCGGUUUGGUUUCAAAACCGUCGUGCUAGAUGGAAAACAAAACAGUUGGAAAGAGAUUAUGGAGUUCUUAAAGCUAACUUUGAUGCACUUAAGGUUAAUUAUGAGACACUUCAACGUGAUAAUGAAACCUUACUCAAAGAGGUUAAGGAAUUGAAAUCAAGAUUACAAAUGGAAGAAGAAAACACAACUACAGAAAGUGAUGUUUGUGUAAAACAAGAGUUGAUAACAUUGCAAGACACAGAAAACACAGCUUCCGAUGAAACGGCCAUUCUUAGAUCCGAUUCUAAGGACAUCUGUUUCAGAAACACCGAGGUUGUAGCUUCUCUGUUACCUGCGGAUUUCAAAGACGGUUCUUCAGAUAGCGACUCAAGCGCAAUCUUGAACGAAGAAAACAAUAACAGUCCCAAAGCAGCGAUUUCUUCAUCUGGGGUUCUUCAAAAUCAAAGCUUUUUGAUGUCUAAUGGAUCCUCUUCGUUGAAGUUUGGUGGUUCUUCAUCUUCUUCGCCGUCGUCGAUGAGUAAUUGUUUUCAGUUUCAGAAUGAGUAUCAGACACAGUAUGUGAAAAUGGAAGAGCAUAAUUUUCUUAGUGCCGAUGAGACUUGUAAUUUCUUUUCCGACGAACAACCGCCGACGCUUCAAUGGUAUUGUUCGGAAGAGUGGAAUUAACAGGGAGGAAGAAAUGGGAUUCGGGAGUUUGAUUUGAGAGGUGCGAAUAGAAAAAAAAUAAGACAUUAUGCGCAACGGUGUAUAGAUGAAAAUGGAUAGAUGAAGAAACUGCAUGAUGAUGAUGAUGAUGAUGAUGAGAGAGAGAGAGGUUGAAGGUGGAUGGCAUGGUGUGGGGUCGGAGAUGAAAGGUUGAUGAUGAUUAAGACCGUGCGGGAAAGGGUUAAUUAAUGAAUAAUACUACUAGUAAUAACGUGAGUAAUGAAAAGUGUUGUAAAUUUUUUUUGAAAUUCAUCGGUACAAGAGAAUUACUGUUCUAA